GGGGUAGGGGACAUCCCCCUGGAUUCCUCCGUGACGCAGAGGGGUUGAUGAGAUGUGGUAUAAAAGCGUUGUGGCGUCGUGACCAGAGACCAGUCGCAGGGAUGGAGCUGAACGAGGCGGUUGUGCGUCUGCAGCGACUCCUGGUCUGCGCCGAAUCGUGUGGCGUGCCGCGUUAUCGCCUCAAAAAACGUCUGCAGUCGCUCGGCUACACACGGCCAUCACACGCCAGUGCCACAGCUGUUGUUGGCUGCUUUCUCGUUAUCAUAGCCGUUGGUUAUUCACUUGGUUUGCACACCAAGAGUGGCUUCACGCGAGUCUGGUUCAAUUGGAAUCAUAGACGUCUCAACGAUCAUAUGUGCACUAUUCGUAUGCCAGAUGUAUUAACAAGAGCGGUGCGCCCACCGGAGGAUUGUCAAUUUUGUCGAGAUGUUUCUGCUAUUGAUAUUAGAGACAAUCUGGAUCCAAAGGAGUUUGAAGAGUUGUAUGCAUACACUAGUAGACCAGUGGUAGUGAGUGAUGGCACACUAAACUGGACUGCCCAGCAAGUAUUCUCCUUUGACUAUUUCAAACAUCUCUACAAAGACUCGGCCGAAAAAAGUGUGUGCCAAUUUUUCCCCUACGAUUCAGAGUUUAGAACUUUGUCAGAGGUUUUCAACAUGAGUAAAGAACGAGCUACAAUGAACGAUGGUACAAAGCCCUGGUACGUUGGCUGGAGCAAUUGUGAUGGGAAAGCGACAGACAGUCUGCGCCAGCAUUAUGACCGGCCUUACUUUCUACCAGUCAAUGCAGAGAACAACAAUAUCGAUUGGAUUUUCAUGGGCAGUCCUGGAUAUGGUGCCAAAAUGCAUGUUGACAAUGUUAAUCUGCCGUCGUGGCAAGCGCAAUUACGAGGCAAGAAGAAGUGGAGCCUCCAACCCCCUCCUGAAUGCCUCUAUCAAUGCAAAAAAAUGAGUAUUGUUGUCGAGCCUGGCCAAAUAAUUGUCCUAGAUACGAACAAAUGGUACCAUGAGACUAGAAUUGUGUCGCAAGAGAUGAGUAUCACGAUUGGUGCAGAGUAUGAUUGAACAUUCAACCAACAAUCUCAACAUUUGGACUAUGGUUACCAUACAAUACAUAUAUACCGUACAGCAAAACUAACAGGAAUUUCGGAUAUUCUCCUCUACUUCGAUAGGAAACUGUAUUAGAAUUUGCAUGUAAAAGAUCAAUAAAGAAUUAUACAAAACA